AUGACUGAACAGAUGAAAUACGUUGUAAAGGAAUUAAAUACGACAUUGGGUCGAAACUAUGAUCUGAUAAAGUUUGAUGCAUUAGACGAAAAGCAGUUGUUGCAGGUGCUCGUGGACUUGCUUGUCAUUUUCAAUGCUGGAGACAAGCUUAAUAUUCGCGAAGAAGAUCCAGAAACAGUACAAGUGAGACUAUUAGAAAUGUUGGGAAAUGUUAAAUAUCGGCCUCCCGCUGGCACCGAACCGACUUUAUUCAGGUCGCAAUUACUCGCUGGAGAUACGCGAACUAUUCAUCAUGCCUUACACUGGCUUCUGUCUAACAAAGAACAAGUUAAAAAUACAGCAUAUCUAGCCAAGUAUUUGAAAAUCCCUGAUAUACCAGCUGAUGUCGCGAGAAACAAUUCGGUACAAGAUUUACUAGAUCUGUAUCAAAACUUAAUAGAUGAAUUUAAAGAUGUACAUAAAAGAACGAGGAUGCUGCAGAAAGAAAAUGCGUCUGAAAUCAUUAAUGAUAUAAAAGAAAUGGCUGUCGAGAGAGACAUUGUGAUAAAGCGUCUCGAAAACGUUCAAGUACAUUUGAUGGACGUGAGAGACAAGGAAGACUUGUUAAAUGUAAGCAAACUUCUACGACUACAACAAGAAAAGGCUAAGGAAUUCGAAAAUCAGUAUGAUAUGCAGCAGUUGCAGCUAAAAACUGCGUCGGAACAGUUAAAACGAUAUUUAAACGUCAUUCACGGCCAGAGCGCUACUCCCAAGAGUGCAUCCGACGUGAUCAAACAUUUACAAGAAGAAAUACAGUUAAAUAGCUAUUUGAUGAAAGAAAAACUGCCCCAAGAAAGUGCCAAUUUACAGAAAGAACUGAAUAUUAUGCAGACUAUUGCUUCGGAGCAGCACCCGACGAGGUCGGAUUUAAUAACAGUUCAAGAUAAGAUAGCAACAGUAAAUAGCGAGAUAGAGCAACUGGUACAACGUCGACUGGCCGCAUCUGACCCUCAAGAGGACAAGCUCGCGCCGUUUCGACAGCAAGCUGCAGUAAUUAGACGCAAUAAAGAGUUGAGCGCUACCCGUGUUCACGAGCUAACAACCUCGUUGAAAGAACAAGAAGCGACGCUCGCUGAUCUACGGUCACAGGUGAAACAGCUUCUUGGGGAUAUGGUUCUUAGAGGCGAGGAGUUGAAGAAGUAUGUCAAUUCACUUCGUGUUAAAAGCAAUCUCUAUAAAAGACAGAGAGCUAAUCUUUCAACUUUUAAGGUAGAAGCAGGUAUCCUCACAAGGACAUUGCACAUUUUGAGUACUAACGAUCCUACUGUUGAAAUGGCCCUUGUGAACCAUAAGAAAAUGAAAAUUGAUGACGAUGAUAUUGUUGAAAAAGGCAACGAAAAAUUGUCAGAUUUGACGAAGAAGUCAUUGCAUGAUUUAUCUCAGCUUGUAGCACAGACGGCUCAAAAAUUAUCGCAGGUGCGUCAAGAAAUACAGCCGUUGGGUGAUAAAGUGAAACCUAUUAAACAAGAAUUCCAAGAAGUUCAACAGCAGUACGAACAGAAAAAGAGAAUUUACGAAGCAACGUCUAUCAACAUUUCUUCACAAAUGGAUCCUCUAAAGAAUCAAGUCAAAGAGUUAACCGACCAACUGAAUAAUAAGGAGAAUGAAUGGAAAAAUUUACGGCAGAAAAUUACGAAGGCAGAAGGUUUGCAAGAAGUUGUUAUGUUUGAAAUGAAAAAUUCCAUGCAGUCUCCAAGGAAACCCUCAAAAAUGGAAGCUUUGAAAAAAAAUGUUGCUGAUAUGGAAGAGGCUGUCAAGAUUUUAGAAGAGGAACAAAGGGCAAUAAGUUCUCGUCAAGGAACUGUGCAGGAGCAGACUCGACUGUGGCAGAAUACAUUACAGCUGCUACGUUGCAAGAUUAAGGCACGGAACGAACCCGCUGCGCGACAAGGGCGCAUGCACAUCACACAACACUCACAAAUGUUGACUCUUACAUAAAU